CUGUCGCAGGCCUCCCCUGGGUGUGGUGGUGAUGGUGGUGGUGGUCGCGGUGGAGACUGGCGCGAGUGACACUCUGUGAAAGCCGACCCAUCGAUACAAAAAGCCAAAGAACAUUGAACCAGAAAGCCAAAGAAAAGUUCAUUUGAAAUAACAGAUAAUCAACGAAGUAUAAUCGAGGUAAAAAAAACUUUCCUGUGCCCUUAAAUAACUUAAAAUCAGUGAAAAGUGUCCAUUCCACAAGCUUCCCCAAACCCUCGCCGGAGAUGUCUGACGUGUAACCAGUGAGGUGAAGCUGGAUUAAUUAUUUCACACAACUAAGCGGAUGAUUUACGGUGAACCUGCUGCUGGAAGGAACGUGAUAAACUCUUUUUCUCAUGCAUCGGAAAGGUUUGGCCAGUGAACUGACCGCGAGACAAUUGAAACAAACACUUACACUUUCCCCGUGCCCAUUCCGUUCGAAACAAUAGUCGCCACGAUGACCUCGCCGCCGCCGAGACUCACUCUGGCUCCAGACUCCUUCUCUAUCGAGUCCCUUCUGGCUUCACGGAGACCUGUAUCGCAGCAGGAGCUCUCGAGUCUCCCAACCCAAUCAUCGGCGCUCAUCACGGCCUUCAGACCACCCAGACCUGACUUCCAAGGGCCGCAAAACAGGCAUGAAACAUCUACCCCGCAGCCACCUUGUACACACCCGCCUCCUGUCUUCCUGGCCAGCUUGAGGGCGAUGUCUGAGCCCCCAAGGCCACCCUUGAAGGCAGAGAGUGACGUCACCACAACAGGCCGCGAGGAGGAGUAUGAGGAAGAGGAGGAGGACGAGGAGGAGGAGGAAGGGGAGAUGAGGGAGUGUGACGGUGGCGAAGACGAGGUGGUUGUAGAUGAUUGUGCGAAGAACCUGGUGAUGGAGGCCGAAGGGGGCGUGACCACCUCCAGCGACGCGCGGCCUAGUGAAGCUGAAGGCUUGAAAGCCGGGGAGGAGCGCAAGAAACGACCGAGAACCGCCUUCACAGCCUCGCAGAUCAAGGCGCUGGAGCAGGAAUUUGAGAAAAACAAGUAUCUCUCGGUUAGCAAACGACUUCAGCUUUCCAAACAGCUCAAGCUCACUGAGACGCAGAUAAAAAUCUGGUUCCAGAACCGCCGCACCAAGUGGAAAAGGAAGUACACCAACGACUUGGAACUAAUGGCGCAGCAGUACUACUCGGCGCUGGGCGUGCUGACCCACCGACCCAUGGUGGUGGGCGACAGGCUCUGGCUCUUCAACUACCCUUUGGGACACCCGAAUCAGCACACAGUUGGUCUUCAUGGUAACAGCGGUCUACCUCCUCUCCCCUCCCAUCUCUCCUCUCACACCCUGACCCACCUCCCUCCCCCAUGCAUCCCCACCCUUCCCCUCCCGUCUUCACUCGUAGCUGCUUCAGGCGAGCGUCAGGUCAUCCAUCCGAGCCCAAUCAACCCCUUGACAGACCGUCACGUGAUUGGCGGACCUCAUGCCUCGCCACCCAAUUCCUUGUCUCCUAUCGGUCCUGGAGCAAUACCCACCCUGACGUCCCCGCUGUACACCCACGCAUCGGCACUGGACGCCCUGCACUCCUCCAUUCCCACACUUAGCGCCCAGAGCCAACACGACGCACGUUCAGGGGUUUAAGAGUUUAAGUGGUUCUGUUUUAAGCAUAUACUCAUGUACUUUUAGAUGUUGAGGUCAGGCUUCCAAAGUUUCUGCCUAUCCUGAACCAUUGGAGGUGCACGGCGGCCUCAAGCACUGCCAGUCAUGGAAGGGGCAAUGUUACGGCGCUGCGCACAUGUUGCCUCUGUUAAUUGGCUUGUUUAGGCACGUGUCCAAAGUCCUCCUCGAACACUAAAACAUCUCGUAAUACAGGUAAUUUAUAAAUUCAGCACGAUAUAUGGAUGAAUAACAGGAGAGAGGUUGUUUAAUGCCAAAUAGUACUUCCCUUCACCCCUCCCCCAUCUCCCAGUUCACGUGUCCGCCGCCAGGAGCUCAGUGAAGGCUGCUUAGGGCAGUAGGAUAACACGCCAGACUUGGAGAGGAAGCAGCAUGGCGAGUCAUGUGUACGAGUGUAACAAACGGGGUGCCUCAAGACCUCGUUCAUUUGUAUCUCAUCAGGUAUUUCAAAGUUCCUAGCACUAGAAUUAUAAAUAAACGUAUGUAAUUUAUUGCAAGUGAAAGUGUUAAUAAAGGGAAACGAUUUGU